GGAGCGGGACCUCAGUGGUGUGGCGGUGUGGGUGAUCUGGGUGCCGGUGGACUCGUGUUGGCCCUUAGAAUCCCCGCGUAGCCGCUGUCGCUUUGUCCUGCCGUUACCAUGUUUCUUACCCGGUCUGAGUACGACAGCUUGGUUCUACAGCCAUUGGGAUCCAGACAUCAGAGGGUGUGUGCCUAGCUGUGGAGAAGAGAAUUACCUCUCCGCUCAUGGAGCCCAGCAGCAUUGAGAAGAUUGUAGAGAUUGAUGCUCACAUAGGUUGUGCCAUGAGUGGGCUAAUUGCUGAUGCUAAGACUUUAAUUGAUAAAGCCAGAGUGGAGACACAGAACCAUUGGUUCACCUACAAUGAGACAAUGACAGUAGAGAGUGUGACUCAGGCUGUGUCAAAUCUGGCUCUCCAGUUUGGAGAAGAGGAUGCAGAUCCAGGUGCCAUGUCUCGUCCCUUCGGAGUAGCACUGUUAUUUGGAGGAGUUGAUGAAAAAGGACCCCAGCUGUUUCAUAUGGAUCCAUCUGGAACGUUUGUACAGUGUGAUGCUCGAGCAAUCGGCUCUGCUUCAGAGGGUGCCCAGAGCUCCUUGCAAGAAGUCUACCACAAGUCUAUGACACUGAAAGAAGCCAUCAAAUCUUCACUCAUAAUCCUCAAGCAAGUAAUGGAGGAGAAACUGAAUGCAACUAACAUAGAGCUAGCCACAGUGCAACCUGGCCAGAAUUUCCACAUGUUCACAAAGGAAGAACUCGAAGAGGUUAUCAAGGACAUUUAAGGAAGCGUGAUCCUCAGAAUUUCUUGGGGACAAUUUCAGUUCUCCUAGUUGCCCUUAACUUUUAUUUCCAGCUCCAAUUCUUUGGAAAUCUCAAGUAUAUGUGCAUUUUUUUAUGAUAUCUGUACAUAAAGACAGUUCUGAAAUAAAGAAACAUUUAAAAUAUUUGUUAAUA